AUGCCUUUACCUACUAGGCCUUAUCCCGAUCUCGCACCCAACGUCAUCGUGUUUGGAGAAACAGGUACUGGCAAGAGCUCGCUCGUCAACAUGCUCGCGGGUCGUGAUAUUGCGGGCGUCUCUAAUCGAGCCGUCGGAGGCACCUUCUCCAGCGAUUCACACGAAAUAUUCCUCAAUGCUGCCACCUACAAGAUAUGGGACACCGCCGGCCUAAACGAGGGCAUUCAUGGCAGCGUACCGGCGGACGUCGCUCUGCAGAACCUGCGCACCCUGGUCGGAAAGAUGUCGGAAGGCAUCAACCUCCUGGUAUACUGCGUACGCGGGACGCGCUUCCGCGAAAUUCUCAAGUUCAACUACGACAUCUUCUACAAGAUAAUUUGCCAGGGGGAGGUCCCGAUUGUCAUUGUUGUCACGGGCCUUGAGCACGAAUCGCCGAUGGACGCCUGGUGGGAAGCGAACCGCACCGAAUUUGGGAGAUACGGGUUGGUGUUCCAAGCUUGCGCGUGCGCGACAACCACAAGGGGAAAGGACGGAAUGUUCGACGAAGAGUUCGAAGAGUCGAAGAAGAAAGUAGAGCAAUUAAUUGUGAGGAAUUGCUCGGAAGUGCCGUGGAAAGCCGACCGCCAACACUGGAAUCAGGUUGCCGAGAAGAUGCAGGAAUACCAAGAUCGAUACAACAAGAGGGUGCAGGAGGACGUAACACCGGCUUACCCCAGCGGGUCCAGCAAUCCAGUGGGACGACACCUUGUUACGGAUCUCCGCGCCCGCGGCUGUGUUCUUUUGGGCGCCGUAGUCUGGGUGGGCACGUAUGCUGUAUAUGCGGCUGUAAAUAUGGUUUUAUGGAUGUGCGGAUCUCGUGGAAGGUCGUUGAAGCAGCCAGAUCCAGUGUAG